GAAAAGUGCCGGACGACAAGAAACCGCUCGUCAACACAGCCGUGCCGGGUGCUAUGGCUGAGCUCAAGCCGCAAGGCGGCAAAUACGUGCCGCCUGGCAUGCGCGAUGGUGGCAACAAACGUGGCGAUUCCAUGCAGAUGCAGAGACGGGAUGACACGACCGCCAUUCGUAUCUCAAAUCUUUCGCAGAGCACCACCGACGCUGAUCUGGACGAGCUCGUCAAGCCGUUUGGUUCCGUGGUGAAACAAUUCCUGGCUAAAGAGAAGCUCUCCAAUCUCUGCAAAGGUUUCGCCUAUGUCCAUUUCAAGCAUAGGGCCGACGCUGCGAGAGCGAUCGCCACAUUGGACGGAUAUGGAUAUGACCAUUUGAUUUUGAAUGUAGAAUGGUCGAAACCGCAAGUACAAAAUAAUUAAAACUCAAUCUUGGGGGAUUAUAAUUUA